GCAACCCGGGGGACUGGCCAUGGCAUUCUCAUUUGGUGCCCAUUUGUUGUCAUGGUUCAUUUUACCACUGGCAGCACUGGAUUUUAGCCGCUUCUACUGGCGCGAAGAUGCCUCAUACAGAUCAUGCUACUUCUGCAGACAAUUCGGAUUGCUGCUUCUGACUCUGUCUUCUUCGGGCAUCUCUCUUUUCCUGGUGAAAGGGCGUUGGCUCAGGCUCUCUGAGGAUUCUGAGAUGGUCUGGGAUGAUGGGGUGGCCAAUGCUGCAGCACUGGGGCUGCAAGUGAGCGUGCUGUUGGCUCAAUAUUCCUUCUGGAGUCUACUCAUCUGGCUCCUUUCCUUCACAGGUGUCUUGCAAAUGGCAAGGUCUCUGGUGCUGUCCUCGUCUCCCAGCUCUUCUGCCGAGAUUUUUGGCCACAAACUCCGGCUGGUGCUGCAGAUUUUGGCCAUCUUAGGUGUCUCUUUUGCGGUCGAAGGUGCCAUGGAUUUCUCGGAUCUAUUGGCAGUACAGAUGGAAAACCUGUCAGCGCGCGCUCGAGUGAGCCUGGCGUGGUCAGGAACGGAUGAUGGAUGGACACCGAGCCGAUGGAAUGUUUUUUGGAUUCCACAUGAUGUUAGGUUUCAACAAGGCAUCGAAGAAAUUGAUACAGGGAUUAAAAGUAACUGCGAGAUCCACUCCGAUGAUGGCAACGCCUUGCAGAUCAUGGCGCAAAGCUUAAACGUGAGAAGUUCAUGCCUAUCCUGGUGUCGCAAGACAGAUCUCUUCUUACCAACCUGGCCUAGAUCAAACAGCUACUGUAACGAGGUCAUUAGCUGGAAGAUUUUUGAAUCAACAGCAACAGAGAGCUGCACUGAUCAGCUCUACACAGCACCGGUGGUCUACGUCCUCUUCGUUUGGCUCGUCGCUUUUCAACAGCACUGCUGUUGCCGGGCGCCGCGCAGCUCGAGUCCCUCGGAGGACGUGCUACUCUCCGCACGCACUAUGGAGCCGGGGAGCAGAGAGCGUCGAGCCGAGCCGACCACGUGGCCGGAUGUCCAGUGUUUCAGAGCUGAUGGACCUUAUCAAGGGGAACUUCGCUUUGUGGACUAUCUCUGCAAGUCAAUGUCUGCCAGUGAUUUGGAAGCUGCCCGCAAAGGCAUGCUCCUCAGUAUGCUUGGUACCGCCAGCGAGCUGAUCUUCUCCCUCGCUGCGAGCUGGUGUUUGCUGGCAGAUGGCCUUCCCUUCUAUGGGAGUCUCAUUCUGGUGUCGAUCUUUGUACCAUGCCUCAACUUUUAUUUCAAGUUGACCAUGGGAUUUUUUGGAACCUUGGAAAGAGGAUUCACAAAUGCAGAAGUUUGGCGCUGUCAAUGGGCGCAAGGACUCUUUCAGGGUGUCUCCACCCUCUUCGUCUCCAUCUCUGUCCUCGGGAGCCGCAGUUCACCGCUGAGUGCUUGCACAAUGGUCAAUUUGGUAAUGUGUUCGUUCCUUUCCGCCCUUGUGAGCGUUCCCAACACCAGCCUGGCGGCUAGUUUGCUGAGCGAUCCCUUAUUGGAUCAGAACGACUUCUACGACAUCCAUGCUGCGGUGCGGCAGCAGGGCAUCAGGAAGUAUCGUCGAUCCCUGGUGGUCUUUCUCUGUUGCUUCCUGGUUCAUGGCAUUGAGAGCUCCAGGCAUCACCAGGAUCUAUUGCUCUGGCUGCAGUUCCUGAUUUUCGCUUUGGCAGUGGCCUUGGAACUAAGCCUGGUGUUGAAUGAACUGGUGGCCGUUUUGAUUGGAUGGCGAGGCUUUCAUCUAGGUCGCCGGAAUGUCCUAUCUUUCAGCACUUUGAUGGCGGUUCCAAGUUUUCUGACCACGGAAGUGGCCACCUUUGCAGAGCGUUUCUGUUUUUUGCUGCUGAUUGCUGUGAUGUGCUGGGACGGCGACCAAGAUCCCAUGAUUAUUGGGAUUAGCAGCUGCUCAUUGCUGCUCUUGCACCUGCUGGACCAUUGCUAUGCUCCUGUCAGCUGGCCUGAACCUAUCGAGAAAGAAGGUGUCUACACCAUCAGAGCUGAUGGGCUGCCAGUGUCACACUACGCCUUUGAAGAGGAUGUUUUGCAGGAAGAUGUUGGAGUGCUGAAAGCAGGCAGCCGGCACACGGUAGUUGAAGUGAAGGAUGUGGUGGACGAUUGCGUCACCUACGUCAGAGGUCGCCUGACGACCCCCGCGGGGUGGAUCACCCUGCGUCGUCGCAACACAGUUUCGAUCCGCUGGGCGCAUCUGUGGGCGGCAAGAGACUGGCACUCGCUGAUGACCAGACUCGGAGCUGCCAAGUUGUAUUAUUUUGGUGAUCACGUCUACGCCAUUCGCGACUUAGACCUCUUGGUUAAGGAACUUCGAGAUAUCAAAGCCGCCGCGCGAGACGCCGCGUGACCGCGUUAGAUGGCACUGCCAAAGGCAGGGCAAUCGCAAGCGUCUUGGUAGUGGCGAGUUGGAGUAUUGGGUAUGGGUUGGAAAGCUAACUGUCGUAGG